AUGAAGAAGUGGGAAUUGAAGCUGCCAUUGGAAGACGGGGUGGAUAUCGCUGACUACCGAGAAUUUCUUGUCAGGUGGGCAAGUGAACGCCGCUCGACAAAGGCAAUCAGACAUUUCUCUGAGGCGAGCGAACCUGUUUCUUGGCCUGAGUAUGGCAAGCUGGAGAUGAUAGAGGUUCCUGAGGAUGAGUACAGGGUCUGCAUGAGCCUUCGACGCAAGAGAAAGCAUGUCGAAGGCGCUGGUGGGUAUGUCACGCGGUGGGAGAGGGCGGCGCAGGAGGCCGUAAAGGGGUAUAGCUAG